GCGCGGCGGCGGCGGCGAUGGGGAGCCGGGGCGUGCGGCUCCGGGGGUAGAAGGAGGCUGGGGCGCGUCUGCCGCCACCCGGGAGGCCCGGCUGCAGGAGAAACUGGGAGAUAGAAUAAAUCUUCGUAGACAACUUGGCUGCAAGCAGUUAAACUGAAAUUAACUGCUGCCUUCUGGCUGCAGAGCGCUAGUCUGACAGUCCUGCGUGAUACUCUGCAGACUAAAUCAUGCCAGCGUUAUCAGCUGGAUCUGGAAGUGACACAGGUCUGUACGAGCUGUUGGCUGCAUUGCCAGCCCAGCUGCAGCCACAUGUGGACAGCCAGGAAGACCUGACCUUCCUCUGGGAUAUGUUUGGUGAAAAAAGCCUUCAUUCACUGGUGAAGAUUCAUGAAAAACUGCAUUAUUAUGAAAAACAGAACCCGGUGCCCAUACUCCAUGGUGCAGCAGCCUUGGCAGAUGAUCUGGCUGAGGAGCUGCAGAGCAAGCCACUGAGCAGUGAGAUCAGAGAACUGUUGAAACUCCUGUCAAAACCCAAUCUCAAGGCUUUGCUCUCUGUACAUGAUACUGUUGCUCAGAAGAACUACGAUCCUGUCUUGCCCCCCAUGCCUGAUGAUAUUGAUGAGGAAGAAGAUUCAGUUAAAAUAAUCAGGCUUGUCAAAAACAGGGAACCAUUGGGAGCUACUAUUAAAAGGGAUGAACAUACUGGUGCAAUUGUGGUGGCCAGGAUAAUGCGUGGAGGAGCUGCAGAUAGAAGUGGUCUUAUUCAUGUUGGUGAUGAACUGAGGGAAGUCAAUGGGAUUCCUGUAGAUGAUAAAAAACCUGAAGAAAUAAUACAGAUUCUGGCUCAGUCUCAAGGAGCAAUUACAUUUAAAAUUAUACCUAGUGUGAAGGAAGAAAUGCCAGUGAAGGAAGGCAAGAUGUUUAUCAGAGCCUUAUUUGACUAUGAUCCUAAUGAGGAUAAAGCCAUUCCUUGUAAAGAAGCUGGACUUGCUUUCAGAAAAGGAGAUAUCCUUCAGAUCAUGAGCCAGGAUGAUGCAACCUGGUGGCAGGCCAAACACGAAGGUGAUGCCAAUCCCAGAGCAGGCUUGAUCCCUUCAAAGCAUUUCCAGGAGAGGAGAUUUGCACUAAGAAGACCAGAAGUGCAGAUUCAGCCACUGAAAAUUUCCAACAGAAAAUCAUAUGAGGAAGCGGUUGAGUGUGAGGAAAUUGAAGAAGAUGCUGAAUGUGCUGGUCACAACAGUGGAUCCUAUCUAGCUGGUUUUAGAAGAAGCUUUCGUCUUAGCAGAAAAGAUAAAAAAACAAACAAAUCUAUGUAUGAGUGCAAGAAGAGUGAUCAGUAUGAUACAGCAGAUAUCCCAACAUACGAAGAAGUUGCAAAAUAUAGACGACAACUUAAUGACAAAUACAGGCUUGUAGUUUUGGUUGGUCCUGUAGGAGUUGGACUGAAUGAACUUAAACGGAAAUUGCUGAUCAGUGACACCCAGCAUUAUGGGGUAACAGUGCCACACACUACCCGUCCAAGGAGAAGCCAAGAAAGUGACGGUGUUGAAUACAUUUUCAUUUCCAAGCACUUGUUUGAGACAGACGUGCAGAAUAACAAGUUUAUCGAGUAUGGCGAGUAUAAGAACAACUACUAUGGUACAAGUUUAGACUCUGUUCGAUCAGUUCUAGCUAAAAACAAAGUUUGUUUGUUGGAUGUGCAGCCUUAUACAGUGAAACACUUACGGACAUACGAAUUUAAACCAUUUGUUAUAUUUAUAAAGCCUCCAUCACUUGAUCGUUUGAGAGAAACCAGAAAAAAUGCCAAGAUUAUUUCAAGUAAAGAUGAUAAGGGGACUGCAAAACCCUUUACAGAAGAAGAUUUUCAAGAAAUGAUUAAAUCUGCCCACGUGAUGGAGAGCCAGUACGGCCACCUUUUUGAUAAGGUGAUAGUCAAUGACGACCUCGCCACAGCUUACAGUGAGCUUAAAGCAACUUUUGACAGGUUGGAGACCGAGACCUUCUGGGUUCCCGUCAGCUGGCUACAUUCAUAAUAACCUUUCAAACCGACAAAGCAUCUGCUGUUGCCUCAGCAUCUAAAUAUGGGCACGGUUAGGCACUACUCAACGGCCGAUUUCUUGGUAGGAGGGCUUUCUAACUCUACCUGAGCAGCAGGUACACUCUUCAUGCACGUGGAACUGGUCUUGUUUUCCUGUGUCUUCAAUCCUUCUGCCCCCAAACUGGGGGCAGAAGAGUCAGAUUAAACCGAAGUCUUACUGUGCUCCAUAAAGUGAGCUAAUACUAGUGUAACAAAACUGCCAAACACCUCUUUAUCAUCAUCUGUGUAUUCCCAAGGUAAGCUUUUUUAACAGAGAGUUUGCAGAAGAUACUAAUUAAUACUGCAGAUCAGCACUUUGAUGGUUUUAAGCGUAACUGCUCCCAUAAAGCGCACAUCGGCUCUUGGAAGUUAUUACCCCAUAAGUGCUGAAGAGAACUGAAACAGGCAAGUGACCAAUAUUUUUAUGAGGAAGACAUUGUAGUUUUAAUUACGUAUCAAGUGUUUUUACUUUUCUAGAUGUGAACUUUGUCUUAUAUGUACAGAGUGAUUUUAGUAUUCCUUUGCACUUACGGUGUCAUGGAAAGAAAGAUGUAUUCCGUAGCUUAAUUGUGGAAUACUCUGCUGUGAGCAUGCAUGGAUUGAAAAUAUUUUCACCCAUGCUUUGUGGCACAACAAAGAAAACUCAUGGGAAUAUUUAUUUAAAUAGGGAAAAAUGUGAGUUACUAUGUAUAUAACUUCAAAGUCUUUGGGAUUAAUCUUCUGUAAAAUCAGUGACAAAUUGAUAUGAAUACCAAAAAAGUAGAGCAACUUUUUUUUUUUUUUUCCUUUGAGUUGAUUUCAAACAUUUUUGGCACCCUUUAGAACAAUUUUUCCAUCAGAAAUUUUCAGACAAUUACUGAGGAAACCUUGGGGAUCUGGGAAGCAGUUGCAAGAGAUUAAUUCUUUUUGUUGUGUAGUAUGUAGUGAUACUUUUCAGUAGUGUAACAGAUACUUUGUCUCCACUCAACCAUAAAUUAAUGCUGUAGACUUCACUGAAAAA